AUGGUGCAGGUGAAUGUAGUGGACGGAAAGAUGCAGUACCUGUUUGAUGAUAAGGGACGGAGGUACCUUGACGCAUUCGGGGGAAUUGCUACGGUGUGCUGCGGCCAUUGCCACCCUGAUGUGGUGGCGGCCAUAGUGGAACAAACAAAACGGUUGCAGCACUCUACAGUAUUGUAUCUGAACCAUUCCAUUGCUGAUUUUGCUGAGGCCCUGGCUUCUAAGCUCCCCGGUAAUCUAAAGGUUGCGUUUUUCACAAAUUCCGGAACAGAAGCAAACGAAUUAGCAAUACUGAUAGCAAAGAUGUACACGGGGUGCCAUGACGUAAUAUCUCUAAGAAACUCUUAUCAUGGGAAUGCAACUGGGACCAUGGCAGCCACAGCUCAAAGCAUUUGGAAAUUCAAUGUUGUGCAGAGUGGUGUCCAUCACGCUAUAAAUCCAGACCCUUACAGAGGCAUUUUUGGUUCUGAGGAAGAGAAGUAUGCAAGGGAUGUCCAAGACAUCAUCAAUUUCGGAACUUCUGGCAAUGUUGCCGCCUUCGUGGCCGAGGCCAUACAGGGAGUGGGGGGCAUUGUUGAGAUGGCUCCUGGUUACUUGCCACUUGCAUAUGAUAUGGUUAGAAAAGCUGGGGGUCUUUGUAUUGCUGACGAAGUUCAAGCUGGAUUUGCACGUGUUGGUAGCCUUUGGGGUUUUGAGACCCAUGGUGUUGUACCUGACAUUGUCACCGUUGCAAAGGGUAUUGGAAAUGGCAUUCCCCUUGGUGCUGUAGUAACCACUCCAGAGAUUGCAAAGGCAUUGACUCAGAGAAAUUACUUUAACACCUUUGGUGGCAACCCUGUUUGCACUGCUGCAGGAUUGGCUGUUUUGAGAGUAAUAGAAAAAGAGAACCUUCAAGAAAAUGCAUUGCUAGUUGGAUCUUAUUUGAAGCAAAGGCUUAAUUCUCUCCAGGACAAAUAUGACUUGAUUGGUGAUGUGAGAGGAAAAGGCUUGAUGCUUGGUGUUGAAUUUGUUACUGAUCGUGAACUUAAAACACCAGCAAAAGAUGAAACACUACACUUGUUGGACCAACUUAAAGAAUUAGGCGUGCUAGUUGGGAAGGGUGGAUACUAUGGAAAUGUCUUCAGAAUCACACCUGCAUUGUGUUUCACCAAAGAAGAUGCAGACUUCCUUGUGGAUGCAAUGGACUACUCACUAUCUAGAAUCUGAGGGUUUAAAUAAGAUCCAAAUUGUAAAUAAAUGUUUUAUUUUCAUCUCAUCAUGAUAAAUAGUGACACUGUUAUCAUAUCAAAAUCUCUCUCAGAAAUAAAGUUUAAGAAGUUUAUAGU